CAGCUGUUCCCUCCGCGGGAUUCUCGGGGGGCUGGUUCAUCACCUCCGAAUACUCCUGUGACAGGAGGCACUUGCAAAACCCGCCUCCAGCCCCCAGCAGCAAUAAAUAGAAGGCUCCCAGCCCAGAAGCAAGGAGAAGUUUCUAGGCCUGCGUCCUCGGUGUUUAUUAAGCUCCCGGCUCCACCAGCAGCUCUGGCUGAGAGCCUGGACCGCCUGGGCAGAGGGUGGCUGGCUGUUCUCCGGGGAGGCUGGUGUGGAGAAGGGGGCCUGGAGAAUUCUGCUGGACCAGCUAGGGGUCAGCUUUGGUGGCUGGAGUGUCUUUGGAGGCUGGGACCCCGGCCUGGUGUGACAGCCUCCGUCCCUGGCAGUGGAUGGUUCAGCAUUAUUCCGAAGCUGAAGAAUAAGCUUGGAAGACCCGCAUACCCACACCACCUUGCUGUGUGAGACCUUGAGCAGGUGGCUCCCUCUCUCUGAGCCUCCGUUUCCCCUCUAGCUCAGCGGCCGCCAUGGCUGACGGUCAGAUGCCCUUCCCCUGCCACUACGCCAGUCGCCGGCGCCGGGACCCCUUCCGAGACUCCCCCCUGUCCUCCCGCCUGUUGGACGAUGGCUUUGGCAUGGACCCCUUCCCAGACGACCUGACUGCCUCUUGGCCCGACUGGGCCCUGCCUCGUCUCUCCUCUGCCUGGCCAGGGACCUUGAGGUCGGGCAUGGUGCCCCGGGGGCCAACGUCGAUGGCCAGAUUUGGUGUCCCUGCCGAGGGCAGGAGCCCCCCACCCUUCCCUGGGGAGCCCUGGAAAGUGUGUGUCAACGUGCACAGCUUUAAGCCGGAGGAGCUGAUGGUAAAGACCAAGGAUGGCUACGUGGAGGUGUCUGGCAAACACGAGGAGAAGCAGCAGGAAGGCGGCAUCGUUUCUAAGAACUUCACCAAGAAAAUUCAGCUUCCUGCAGAGGUGGAUCCUGUGACAGUAUUUGCCUCACUUUCCCCAGAAGGCCUGCUGAUCAUCGAAGCUCCCCAGGUCCCCCCUUACUCACCAUUUGGAGAGAGCAGUUUCAACAACGAGCUUCCCCAAGACAACCAGGAAGUCACUUGUACUUGAGAGCCCAGUCUUGGCCCUUCCUUGUUCCCUCCCCAACCCCAGGGCUUCUCUGAUUCCAGGAUACAUUACUUUAGCUGAACUCAUAGAUUUAGUGCAAGUAAAAUGUUGGGGGUCGGGAUGGAUUGACCAGAUUCCCUGGAUAGCGUAGCAGUAGGUUUUCCCGCAAGAUGGCGCAACUGGCAGGCCAUACUCUGUUGCGUUAGGCCAAAAGGCUGGGAGUUUUUCUUUCUUUCCCUUUUCUAUUGCAAUGAAAAUAUUGCACAUUCUACAGUUGCAAAACAAAAGGGGACAUAACAUUUCACAUUGUAUCUUACCUUGCAGCUAAUGCAGGGGUUGCUUUUCUCUGGGGACCUCCCCAUCACUCAGAUUCCCAUUCUGGGCUCCCAGUGUCCAUGCCUGCCCCAUGGUUUGCUUGAUGGAGCCCAGUAGCUCACCCCACGGUGUUUCUGCAGCCCUGGUUUACAAAGGGUUAUAGACAGGUCUUACGUCCCCAUCUGGGAUUUAUCUAACAGCCACAUGAAAAGAAACAGUGCCUUCUGCCCUCCACCCAGGCAUUUAUAGCAUGUUCCCAAGCUGGCCCUCCUUGAAGACUCUGGAAGCCCCUUAGUUUAUUUUCUGGCUAAAGGCCCCCCUUUCUUGUGUCUCCUAUGUCCAAGUCGGGAUUUUUACAGAGGGGGCUGUCUCCAGACAGCUCUACCAGGAACCAAUCAAAGGCCAGACAGCCUGGCAGGCAGACUAGUGGUGUUGUGUAUAUGGGUGGGAUGUGUGUGUCAUUGUUUUUUGAAUUGUGCUGUUGUUUAGGGGGAAAUGGUAGUACAUUAUUAUAAUAAUAAUAAAGGAGCUGAUGUUCUUA